AUGGAGGUUGAUGGACUAAGGAAGUCCUACUGGCUUAUCGACGGCGAAAUCUGGAACGACGAGGUCGAGGAGACUCCACUGAUACAAAGGGCAUGGGUUUUUCAAGAACGGUUCCUUGCUCCAAGAGUGCUGCAUUUCGGGAAACGACAGUUGGCAUGGGAAUGUAAUGAGCUCACAGCGCUCGAGAUGUUCCCCGCCGGGUUACCUUCUUUUGUUGUGCCUCAAUCCAAAUCCGAGAUUAGAUCAGCACUCAUCGGAGACCAAUCACCUGGCGAGCCCGCGAACCGACACUUUCGCGAGGCGUGGAGCUUCCUUGUUGGCCAGUACUCCCGGUGCGAGCUGACGAACGAAACGGAUAAGCUCAUCGCCUUUAGUGGCGUUGCCAAAAUGGUGGAAUUAUAUACGGGAAACGAAUACAUCGCCGGGACUUGGAAGAACACAUUGAUCUACGAUCUUGCAUGGUACCGUACUGGUACCAACAGCGAAAAAUGGCCAUCAAGCAGCACGUCCUACCGUGCCCCUAGUUGGUCUUGGAUGGCUGUGGAAGGGGAAAUAUUUCUUCCUUUUGGUUCGGAAGACGUGGUAGAGCAUUUUGCUACGGUUCUAACGUAUCCAACGUCUGAGGAAGUAGGUACUACAGCUUUUCAGGCUAGGGGCCAUAUCGAGCUAGAAUGUAUCCCUCUGAUGCUUGACUCCAUCAAGUGGGCAGGGGAUACAAUCACUGAGUUUGAAGUGGCUGGUAUCCGUGUCACUGAUGAUGCCGUCCAAAGUGGAUCUCAUUUGGACUUAGAAGGGUCUGAAGAAGAGAUAAAAAGUUUAACUCAAGACCGAGGUGUCUUAAUGGUGCCACUCUUUGCCACUAAUUUGGCCGUUUUUGCUGUUUUGGUGUCUGAAGAAAGAGGCUCUGGAAGUUAUCUUCGUGUUGGCGCUGCUCAGAUUGAGUAUGGGAGAAUACUUGACGCACUGCAAGUGAGGAUACCUGAGGGCUGGACGAUGAGUGGUUCUUCGCCGUUAAUUGUCCACAAAACCACAUCUCGCCUCCUCAAGCACCUUGCAGAAGUGCGAAGCAUGUCCCAAAGGUUUAUCAGGCUUAAUUAA